CAUCCGAAAGUCAUAAAUUGAAAGCAAGAGCAGAUGUUUGAGUGAGUUGCUGGUCUGGUUGUGGCAAAAGCUCUCGGUUUUAAACAGGGAACAAGGAACCACGUUGCAAAGUUUAUUUUAAUUUUUGACCCUUUAAUUGAUUGGAUUAAUCAUUUCCCCUGCUCCACAGUUUGACUGGAGUUUUCUUUUGAACGUAUCCUGGAGAAACAUCCCGUCUGAAUCCUGAUUAAUCCCGAUAAGACGUUCCUUGUGCGAUGCCCAUCAGUGACACGGGGGCUGGUGUCUCUCCCAUGGAUUCCGUUGCUAGUGUCGGGAGUUCUGGUAGCGUAGCCAGCACAAUCAGCAAUGAGAGUCUCGACUUUCUCACGGCUGAAGAGAGGGAAUGCCUCAUGUUUCUGGAGGAAACCAUUGAGUCACUAGAAGAGGACCCAAGUGAAUGGGCUCCUGCUGAGGAUUUGAAAAGCGUUGAAGAGACCCCUAAAAGUAGGAAGGAGCUGGUGAAACUGACCCGAACAGAUCUUGGGACAUUGGACAAUCGAACUGCAGAUCAAAAUGGAAAUACCCAAAGGCUGAUUCUCCCAAGAGUAGUUUUGCCGCACAACAACAAACACAACAACGAAGUUGAUUCCUCGUCUCAAAACGCAGGACGAACACAAUCCGGGGCGAAUACAUUGCCAAAAUAUAUCCCGAAACCCGCUGAAAACACAAACACAGUGGCACCCAGCCGCCGAUCAGAGCCUUCUAGGAGCGCUAUUGUCCCUGGAGAUAACAGGCCAAGGUCCCAACUGAUAUCAUUCCAUCCUCAGUCGGAGUCUACGGCCAAGCAAGGUCCACCCACUGCUCCAAAACCAAAGAAAUUUCCAGCCAACAUCAGCUUCAAAAGCGGUUACAACAAGCAAGGUGACCCGCUCCCUGGCUCGCAUCCGAACUCAAAGAGUAGUGUGAAGGUCAUGCCAAAAGUCGCCCUGUCUAGUAAUGAGCACGAUUCGCCUGAUGUUGGUUCUGCCUCAAAGUUCUCGCUAGAACAGCAGCUGCCCAGAAGCGAGGUUAUACACAAACUGGGAUUGAACGGACAGAAGCUGUACCCCAGCGGUCACAGUAGCCUGACGUCAAUGGAAACCCCACCAAUCGGUCAGAAGGUCUCAACGACUCGCUCACCGGAACCUCACGGCGAAAGAAGGUUUAGCAUACAGCGCCCGGUUGUUGUUGGUGGAGGCAAAGCGCCUGUUGGCAAUGGCUCCUCGAGCGUGCCUGCAAGAGGCGUAAAUCCCGCACACCCGUGGCAAUUGGGACCUACCAAAUCCAGCAGUCUCCAGCGGCUCAGCACACCUCACGGCAGUCAGCCCAACGCGAGUUCUGGUUUGAACAUUUCAGCUGCCGGAAAUGGAAGAAGCCUGAAGUCCCCACCCCAGUGGCAAUUGGGACCCACCAAAUCCAGCAGUCUCCAGCGGGUUAGCACAGCUCAUGACAGUCAGCCCAGCAUGAGAUCUGGUUUUGCUGCUGUUAACUUGGUCUCCAGAUCAGUGCUUGACAUUCCAGGGUCCGUGCAAACCAGGAAUACACCACCGUGGCAGCCCAGUAACUCAAAACCCAGCGGCUUAAAGCAGAUUGGCACAACCGAUCAGACCGGCCCUCCUCGCACUUCAGUCGCCAGCUCUAUCUCUCCUGACAUGAGCUUGCACCUCCGACCCAGGCCCAUAUCGAUCUGCUCAGAGACGGAUCCGUCGCUUAGGCACGGAGCUAGACUGGAACCAGCAGCAUCUGGUCAAACAAACCGAAGGUCCUUCCCAAUAACAAUAAAUCAUAUAUCGGGCAAAUUUCAAAAGCCUCAGCCCAAGGCACUUAACAUACAGAACACACCUCCAGGACCCACCAAGAGGGACCGUGCGGAAGCAUUGAGGAAACUCGGCCUCCUGAAAGAGUAAAUAACGCAUUGGAGUUUACAAGGACUAUGUGGGAAUCAACUGACUUGAAGUGUUAGCUGCUCCACUGGAAAUAAACUGUGGCAAAGUGACUCUCAAUGGGUCCAUAAUUUGCUUGACUGCUAUAUUUUAAGAAGCCAUUGAGGGGGGGGGGGGGGAAAUAAACCCAAAGAAACCACUAAGUGCUGAAACUGAGUCGUGGUUCUUUUGAACUUGGUUUGAAAUGUUAGUUUUUAAAACGUUAGAACUAUUCCAUGUCUUUAGUUAAAUACGGUUUGCUACAGCUUUGACUUGUUGGCAGCUUGCACAUCUUGCUAACCCAAGCUGCCGUGAAUUAUUCCAUACCUCUCGGCUGUUUAUGACUGCAGACUUUGCUCUGAACAUGACUUACAAGACCCUCUUUCCAAUAUAUUCUGCUGUAAAUCGCGUCUGCUCAAUAGGAAGAAUUGCAUUUUAGCCAGAGCAAGCGUAUUUUUUUAACUACGAUACCCGUGUAAUUAUACACUGCCUCCUUCUUGUGACAUACUUUAUGCAGCGAAUGGAACUUUCCAUCAACAUUAAUGUUGGUAUCCCAUGCUAUUCAGAAUUCAGGCCAUAGCCUCUUCACUUCACUUGUAUAUAAAGUUUUUCUUCCCUUAUUAUUAAAAAAAACACAUACUUAGAUUUCAGUUACAUAUUUUGCAUAUUUGUAAAUAGAUUGACUCAUUCACACCUGCAUUAGUGGGCAAUUUGCUACACAUGUAUGGCACAAAUCUGAUAUGAUCCCUUUAUUUACAAUCCAAUGAUAUACAGCCAUUGCUUGCGUUCCAAACAGGUACUUUGUGUCUUUAUCGCAAAUUUCCAAGUAUUCAUAUUUUUUUAAAUAAAAUAUUCAUUGUAUACCGUUUGUUAAAUUAUAUUUACUAAUAAACCUUUUCUAUGAUCA